AAUCAGCACGGAAAAUGGUGCAAUACACAAGCACGCCAAACAAGCUAUAAAACAGACUAGAUCUACACAGUGUACCGAGUCAUCAAGCGAGCCUGACCAACUCGAAUAGCUAACAACUGAGGUGGAUCUAAGAUGUCUGAUCAAGCAGCAAGCACUGUGGCAGGGGCCACAGUAGGUGCAGUCACAUCGUCUCAUAGACCUGACGAAAAAGCUUCUGUUUCUCGACCGUCAGACAGAGAAAUGUCUAAAACCAGAUCGACAAAGGAUGAAAAGAAAACUAACGAAUCAAAAAGCAAUGAAGAAAAGAAAGUUGACAGACAAAAAGGCGGGACUAAAAAAACUGAUACUGGGCAAGGUAUUUCACAAGGUGGUGGUCAGAAUCGAAGGAACCGUUACUACAAUGAUCGUCCUAGAUACCAAAGAGGAACUCGUGCCGAUGUUAGGACUGAUAGUCGCCGUGGCGAUCAGGAACGGCAAUAUCGGAAUCCAGGACACAGACCAGAUCUGAAAAGCGAUAAUCCACCACUGAGUUCCCAAUCUUACAACAAAGAUGAUGACAAGAAAUCAGUUCAUCCUCAAGACCAACCCAAGGCAGCUGGUCAAAGUAGGAGCAAAGCAAGUAUCAGUAAAACUGAACGACCACAAUCUGGAGAGACUCAAAAGAAUGCUGGGCCACCACCAAGACACAAACAAGAUGGAGGGCAAUACAGAAACCCUCGGCAACAUGGCAGACAAGGAGGGAGAGCAAAGUCACCAAUCAGGGCAGAGAAAAAAACAGUUUUAACUAAAGACAACACUUCUGAUAAGAUAGAAAUCGACGACAGCAAAACGUUGAAAUCUACUACUGCAGUGAAGGAAACAUUGAAUGUUGAAGCAAGCUCUGCGACCUCAAAGCCUCCUGAAAAACCACCCCCUCAAUCGAAAAGCACUGCUAAGAACUCUGACAGAUAUAACUACACGAAAUCAAAGCCUGAAAAGCAGCAGACUAGAGAAAAAGGUCGCCAUAGAGGUCAGAGGUCAAUCCCAACUGUACAGAGUGACCAGCUGGCACAAGAACUGACGGCAGGAACGUACGAGUGUAUGGUGUGCUGUGAGUGUGUGCGUGGGAAACACCAGGUGUGGAGCUGUGAGGGCUGUUAUCACGUCUUCCAUCUCAAAUGUAUCAAGAAGUGGGCGUCAGCUCCUGUCCUUGGCAUUGAUGAAGGUACCCCUGAGGGCUGGCAGUGCCCCAGUUGCCGGAGGUGCUCCACUAUUGUACCCACUGUCUAUCGUUGCUUUUGUGGGCGUGUCACAAACCCUUGGCAGAGGAACAGAGGGGAACUGAGCGUACCCCACUCUUGUGGGGACACUUGUCUCAAGAGUCUUGCCGUGGGAUCACACUCUAGCUGCAGACACAAGUGCCGCCUUCCCUGUCACCCUGGACCAUGCCCCUCUUGUCCCGUCAUGGUAACACGCACCUGCCCCUGUGGGAAAAUCUCUCAUCAGGUUCGUUGCAGUCGCACUGGUGACCUCCCAUUGUGUGGUAGUGUGUGUGGGCGUGGCCUAGCGUGUGGGCGGCAUAGCUGUGAGGACAACUGUCACUCUGGGCCGUGCCGAGGCUGUGAGGAAGUGCUGACUCAGCAGUGCCACUGUGGACGUCAGACGAGACAGUCUUGUUGCGGGGAAGAAAAGAGUCAAAUGUUCUCGUGUGGGCAGGUCUGCAACAAAGAGCUGGACUGUGGGAACCACUUGUGUGAGCUCUUAUGUCAUGAGGGGGCGUGUCCAUCGUGUCCCCUCCUCCCCUCAGCAAUCACCACCUGUCCCUGUGGAGCCACACCCAUUUCCCAGCUGCUGUCCGAGGGUAGAGGGAGGGUCUCCUGUUUCGACCCCGUGCCCACGUGUGACAGUGUGUGUGGGAAGAUAUUGCCUUGCUCAAUAGCUGAUGACCCCCACCUCUGCCCCGCCCCCUGCCACUCGGGUGUGUGUGCGUCGUGUGACAAAACGUCUGUGGUGACGUGCUUGUGUGGAGCCUCAUCGAGCAGUGUGCCCUGUGUGGAGGUGGUGGACGGGAAGUGGGUGGAGUUUCGAUGUGAACGUGUCUGUAACAAGAAGAAGAGCUGCGGACGUCACAGGUGUAACACAAGAUGCUGCGUGGAUACAGAGCACAAGUGUGAGUUGCUGUGCAGUAAGAAGCUUCAGUGUGGACUCCAUCAUUGCCAGGAGACCUGUCACCGUGGACACUGUCAGCAGUGCUGGGAAUACAGUUACACUGAGCUCACCUGUCACUGCGGAGGUGAGGUGCUCCACCCACCCAUACCUUGUGGGACACUCCCCCCUCCCUGUACCCGACUCUGUGCUCGCAUGCACUCCUGUGGACAUCCCGUCCGACAUGGUUGCCAUUACGACGAGUUCUGUCCACCGUGUACUUCCCUCGUAGAGAAGAUGUGCAUGGGAGGACACGAGCUUCGACGCAACCUCCCCUGUCACCUGACUGACGUCUCCUGUGGAGCUGCCUGUGGUUGCCCCCUGCAGUGUGGCCGCCACAAGUGUCAACGUACCUGUCACCGUGGAAACUGUGACGAGUUUCCAUGCCAACAGCCGUGUACUACCAAGCGGAGGUUAUGUGAUCACGAGUGUGGGGAGCUGUGUCAUGUUGGGCGAGAGUGUCCAGACACACCUUGUCGGACUUUCGUUGACAUACAAUGUGGGUGUGGUAGAAAAAAGGAGAGAUCUGUUUGUAUGGCUUCUGAGUCUGGAGCAAUGCGGCAGGCUUUUCAAAUGUUCAGCAAAGACUUGGCGUCGUCCGGGGAGACUAUCAGCAUCAGUGCCAUUACAGGGACCAAUCAGAAGAGGAGUAAGUCACUCGAGUGUGAUGAGGUUUGUCGACAGGUGCAGCGUAACAAGGAGCUAGCGAUGGCUCUGGAUAUCGAACGGCCAAUUGUAGACCCCCUGGAGAGUGGGAACUCGGGGGAGGGGCUUCAGUACUCGCCCUACCUAUUGGAGGAGGCUAGGAAUAACUUGGAGUUUGUGACUGAGGUUGAGGAAGCAUUGAGGCAACUGGUAGAGUCUGCCUUUAAGGGUCCACCCUCCAAGAUCCACAAGCACUUGUUCCGACCAAUGAAAAGUAACCAUCGUAAGAUCAUCCACGAGCUCUCAGUGCACUAUGGCUGUGAAACCACCAGCUAUGACUCAGAGCCAAUCAGGAACGUCACUGCUUCUGCUACUAAGUGGGUCAGCAGUGAAGCUCCCUUCCUUAUCGCUCACAAAGCUAAUCGAGAGGGAGCGCUUCAAACCACCACCUGCACCACUCCAUGUGAUGACCGUGGCGGGGAAGGCGGACACCACUCAACUGGCCAACUUAGGAAAUCAGUCAACCACAGAGAUUACAGACUAUUUUGCUGACGAUUUGAAGUUGUAACUUUGUUAGAGCUUAUUUAUUAUUUACCGUGCGAAGUGACCCUUAUCUUAGUUUUUUUUCGCUGUAAUUGUGUUUGAUUAUGUAUUAAUUUUA